AUGGCCGACCAAUCAAUUGAUGAUAAAAUGGAAAACCUGGAUUUGGAUAACGAGUUGUAUCCGGAAAUGGAUUUUAUGAUGAAUACGGAUGAAAGUGAUGUCCAGUUUCUAAUCGAUGGCCAAACAGUUCCGGCAGUGAAAGCUGUGUUACGAAUGAAAAGUGAAGUAUUUAGGGCACAGUUUUCGGGCAAUUGGCGCGACUCGGAGGACACGGCCAUUGAAAUCGGCGACACUACUCCCGAAGCGUUCAAAGUUAUGAUCGGAUUUAUAUAUACCGAACAAUUGGUAUUCAACGGCAACAAAGACGUCGAUCAUAUACACGAUGUAAUGAAAUUGGCGGACAAAUACCAAUUGAAACGAUUGAAAACAUUGGUUGUCCGACACAUGGGAUCAGUUAUAACUGUCGAUAAUAUUGAACAGAUCGGCCGAUUGGCGUUCGGCUAUGAAUUGGAUGAACUGAUCGGUGCAUUGAAGACAUUCAUCGAUAAUAAUUUUAAGCAAUUGAUGGAAAAAUCGCCGAAAGAUUUGAAUGCCAUCAACAAUGCCUGCAAUAAUCUGUUGAUUGAAAAGUUUAGCCAACACUGCAAUAGGAUUGACAACUUGUUUGACUAA